AUGACGACCGCUAUUACAAAAAACAACCCAAAGGCAGCAGAAUUUGCUCGGCUCUUCGAAUUAUUUGACCGUAUUGCGACACGGCGCGCUAGGGGGUCGACGGAACUAGCGAUCACGAUGGACGAUAUCCAAUCAGUUCCUGCCGAAUUCGCACCAGUCCUAAAUGAUUUGUCUGCUGUUCUUUCGUUACGCGCUCAACGCGACCAAGAGCGCCUCCGCAAGCCAACAGGACGCCCCCGCCGCAACACUGUCGGUGUCGCUCCCACGAUGCAGAAUGGCAUCGACGUAGCGGAGGAUAUGGGGAGCCCUACAUUUCCCCUUGAGGAGCAUCAUCCGUUUACAUUCAAGCUUAUGCUCCACAAAUUAUACAACGCCGACGAAUGGGCCGAGAAGGUGAAGAAGAGGAUGCAGAAGGUGAUGAAGGAGGGCACAGGGAAGGAACGAGUAGGAAGGAACAUCGCGCGGGCUAGGAGUCAGUCCGUGAUAAACCCGAAGUCCAAGGGGAAGGCGCAUUCCCGAGAACAAGUUCCCGCAUCGCCAGCACGUGCGAAUGACUUCAGCCGAGUGUUGAAGAAACGCUGCGUUGGGAGGCGCAAAUCUAUCAGUGGGCCACUUGCUGGGGGUGUAUGGGUUUACGAUGCAGCUAUAUCCGCUAUCGAGUUGGAUGGUGGUCGCCCAUCCCUGGAAAUCACGAUCUCAAAGUCCAAAGACAUCUUGAUCAAUACCAGCGUUCGCUCUCGUCACCAGUCUCUCGCUGGACUGGAGGGUAUUCAGGAUCGGGACACGACGCGUAGGAAGAUCAGAAUUGCAGUGCCCUUGGCGCGAGACGAUGCACAGGGCACUCCAGCCCUCGACAAACAGACCCAUCCACGCAGUCGCCGGCCAGGCAACAUUAUAAGAUAA